UCCAGUCACUCCUAAUCACUGUCAACUAUCAACGGCCGUGAUUGAGAGCGUCCUGCGACUACAAACAAUUGUCUCUCUUUCCUUUCAUGACAAGUUUGGAUUUGUUGUCAAACUCGGACCUUAUAAACCAGCACUGGAUUUACAUUUGAAGAAAAACAAGUUCUUUUCAUGUCAGAGUAAAGUGGAAUACUUCUCAAAUCUUCACAAGGAAAUACUAAACGUCGCAAGAAAUCGCAAUAAUGUUUCUUUAUGAACUUGUCUCACACGUCAGCAUAUGUUUCGCACCUUUCUAAACUUAAGUAUGUAACCUCUUGCAUUUAUUAAACAGAACAUGCCUCUGUUUCUUAGUAAAUGAACUCAGAUUUCUUAAAGACUCGGGAUUUGGAUUUCUCCUCUAGUCCAGUGAAGUUCUUCAACUGGUUUUGAACUUCUAUCCGCCUCCUACAAGAGCUAGUCGACUUUAGUCAUGAAUGUGCCAAGGUGCUCUGGAGUUUGCGCUAUGAUGAGACUUCUGGCUCUAUUUAUACACGUUAUGUCAACGACAGCAAAGAGACACGUUGUAUACUGGAACUCUACAAACACACGGUUAACAGGAGAUGAUUACUCUGUCCAGGUCAAUCUGAGUGAUUAUCUGGAUAUACUGUGUCCAAACUAUCCUGCCGACCACCCGUCGAGUGGCCCUGUGGAGACUCUGGCUCUCUACCUGGUGGCUGAGGGCCAGUUCAGGGGCUGCGUGGAGACUAAAGAGGCCAUUAAGAGAUGGGAGUGCAACCAGCCGUUCGCUCCCUAUGGCCCUGUCAGAUUCUCUGAAAAGAUCCAGCGCUUCACACCCUUCUCCCUGGGCUUUGAAUUCCUGCCCGGACACCAUUACUACUAUAGCUCACUAUCCACAGACGACGGACCCCCCCUCCCAUGUAUGAAACUACGCGUCACUGUGUGCUGUCCACCGACAACAGCUGAAUCAUCAAGACAAGAAGCCACAGAGAGGCCGUCACACAGCAGCGCUGUCCAUCCAGUGACAGUUGGACGACUUCCUCUCCUCCUCAUAUUCCUCUUGUUGCCUUUUUUUCUCUAAUAUCUCUUCCUAAAUCUUAAAAACUAAAACCAAGUUCUCUGUUGAGGCAGAUAUUCCUCCGUAACCAGUUGUGUUACAGUAAAUGCUUGUACUACUUCUGUAGAUUACACACAAACACACACACACAGACUUUCUCUCUUUUUCUCGUACUCCUCUGCUCUGUCAUUUUUGUCACGCUAUUAAUCUCCAUCCCUCCAUUUCCUUCCUGGCAGUCUCUCUCUCUCUCUCUCUCUCUCUCUCUCUCGGUCCACUCUCGGUGGCUUCUUACUCCUGUCUGCUCUGAUAAAAGUUUACUCUGUAGCUGAGCGACACUAAUCUACCUUCAAAGAGCUUAUCUUACUGUUCAUUUUCUUUGAAUCCAUCUGUCCUUAAGAGUCAGACAUCCUUUACAAGCCCCUGCUCUCCUUCUGUCCUACUGUACAACAAACUGAGCCAAAGAAGAGGAGGAUGAAGCUCCCGCUCCUGCUGUUUGUACUACUGAGUGGAAGAUCAGGGACAUACAUGUGCUCACUAACAUAUCCAAUCAUCAAAAUUGCAAAAUAAUUUUUAAAUGCUGUG